GGCCGGAGGCUGGGGUGCCGCCUCCUCUGCAACGCCGGGGCCGGAGUCUUAGAACCCAGGGCCCGUAGGGGUCCCCGCGGCUGCCGCGAUGCAGAAAUACGAGAAACUCGAGAAGAUUGGGGAAGGCACCUAUGGAACAGUAUUCAAGGCCAAAAACCGAGAGACCCAUGAGAUUGUGGCUCUGAAACGGGUGAGGCUGGAUGACGAUGAUGAGGGAGUGCCGAGCUCAGCCCUUCGGGAAAUCUGCCUACUCAAAGAGCUGAAGCACAAGAACAUCGUCAGGCUUCAUGACGUCCUGCAUAGCGACAAGAAGCUGACUUUGGUUUUUGAGUUCUGUGACCAGGACCUUAAGAAGUAUUUCGACAGCUGCAAUGGUGACCUAGAUCCUGAAAUUGUAAAGUCCUUCCUCUUCCAGCUGCUGAAAGGCCUGGGAUUCUGUCACAGCCGCAAUGUACUGCACAGGGACCUGAAGCCCCAGAACCUGCUGAUAAACAGGAACGGGGAGCUGAAAUUGGCCGAUUUUGGCUUGGCUCGAGCCUUUGGGAUCCCAGUUCGCUGUUACUCAGCUGAGGUGGUCACGCUGUGGUACCGCCCACCGGAUGUCCUCUUUGGGGCCAAGCUGUACUCCACAUCCAUCGACAUGUGGUCGGCCGGCUGCAUCUUUGCAGAGCUGGCCAAUGCGGGGCGGCCUCUUUUCCCGGGCAAUGACGUAGACGACCAGUUGAAGAGAAUCUUCCGGCUUCUGGGGACACCAACCGAGGAGCAGUGGCCUGCCAUGACCAAGCUGCCAGACUAUAAGCCCUACCCGAUGUACCCGGCCACAACGUCCCUGGUGAAUGUCGUACCCAAGCUCAAUGCCACAGGGAGGGACCUUCUACAGAACCUCCUGAAAUGUAACCCCGUCCAGCGCAUCUCGGCAGAGGAAGCCCUGCAACACCCCUACUUCUCCGACUUCUGCCCCCCGUAGGCUCCAGGACCUUGGCCGGGCUGGGGCCUGGCCUAUUUAAGCCCCCUCCCAGGAGGGGAGGAAAAGCCGGGGGUGCACGGGGUGCUGAGCUCCAGCUGUGCUGGGCCCGGCCGGGGUGGGGGUGCCCCGGCCCGUGUUCUUCGCUCCCUCCGUGGACUUUAUUUAAUUUCAUAAAUUGGCUCCUUUCCCACAG